UCGCCGAUGUCCUCCCUUUUUCGGUCCACGUGCGUCGUCACGAUAAGCGCAGCCGCGGUGUGGAGCAGCUCAGUUUGCCGAGUGUCCUCUGUGCAGCCCGGUGCUUCUUCCUGCAGAUUUCCAGACACAUUAUAAACUCCAGUCUAAGCCAUGCCGUCCGUCCCGUCGACCAAAGAGAGCCCAGUUAAAUCCCCCGUGUGCCCCCACACUGGCAAACUGCUCACCCACAGCAACGGGGACGCCAAACUCCGCGAGGGCUCCUUUCCACUGAACGCCAUCGAAAAGCUGACGGUGGUGCAGAACCCGGAGGACUCGAGCAAAACCAUUCAGAUCAACACAAAGAACGCUUCGCCUGAGAGGAAAUGGAUCCGCCCCGACCUUCCCAGCCGCUGCACAUGGAGCCUGGGAGCCUCGAAAGCCGACUCCCCUCACACACAAUUUCGAAGAACCGUCGCUCCAACCAUCCUUCCAGACAUCCUGCACAGGAUCGGUGACACUCCCAUGGUACGAAUCAACAAGAUCCCCAAAGUGUUUGGCCUCAAAUGCGAAAUCUUGGCCAAGUGCGAGUUCUUCAACGCUGGCGGCAGCGUCAAGGACAGGAUCAGCCUGAGGAUGGUAGAGGAUGCUGAGAGAGCUGGGACACUCAAACCUGGAGACACCAUCAUAGAACCCACCUCUGGAAACACCGGUAUCGGACUGGCUCUGGCUGCAGCUGUGAAAGGUUACCGUUGCAUCAUCGUCAUGCCUGAGAAAAUGAGCAUGGAGAAGGUGGACGUCCUGCGAGCUCUCGGAGCUGAGAUCGUCCGCACGCCCACCAGCGCUCGUUUCGAUUCGCCCGAGUCCCACGUGGGCGUGGCCUGGCGCCUCAAAAACGAGAUCCCCGACUCGCACAUCCUGGAUCAGUACCGCAACCCGAGCAACCCUCUGGCUCACUACGACACCACGGCUGAGGAGAUCCUGGAGCAGUGCGACGGUAAAGUGGACAUGGUGGUGCUGGGUGCAGGAACAGGAGGGACGAUCACUGGCAUUGCUCGCAAGCUGAAGGAAAGAUGCCCAAACAUCAAGGUUGUUGGUGUUGACCCAGAAGGCUCUAUCCUGGCUGAGCCUGAGGAGCUUAACAAGACCGAUAAGACUCAGUACGAGGUGGAGGGCAUCGGGUACGACUUCAUCCCCACCGUGCUCGACAGAUCAGUAGUCGACACCUGGUACAAGGCCAACGAUGAGGAAUCCUUCAACAUGUCUCGUAUGCUUAUCCGAGACGAAGGCCUGCUGUGCGGAGGCAGCUCUGGAACCGCCAUGGCAGCAGCUGUGAACGUCGCCAAGGAGCUGAAGGAAGGCCAGCGCUGUGUGGUCCUCCUGCCAGACUCCAUCCGCAACUACAUGUCAAAGUUCUUGAGUGACAAGUGGAUGGUCCAGAAAGGCUUCCUGAGAGAGGAGGACCUGAUGGUGAAGAAGCCAUGGUGGUGGAACCUGAAGCUGCAGGGUUUGAACCUGUCCGCUCCCCUCACCGUCCUGCCGACUGUCACCUGCCAGAAGACCAUUAAAAUCCUCAAAGAGAAGGGCUUCGAUCAGGCGCCGGUGGUGGAUGAUGCAGGGUUAAUCCUGGGAAUGGUGACUUUGGGGAACAUGCUGUCCUCAAUUCUUGCAGGGAAGAUCAAGUUGUCAGACCCAGUCAGCAAAGUGCUCUACAAGCAGUUCAAACAGAUCCGUCUGACUGAUAACUUGGGAAAGCUGUCUCGCAUUCUGGAGACCGACCACUUUGCCCUGGUGGUGCAUGAACAGAUCCAAUACCUGACAGACGGCUCUCCCAGUCUGAAGCAGAUGGUUUUCGGCGUGGUGACGGCCGUCGACCUGCUCAACUUCGUCACAGGUCGGGAAAGGAGGGAGCGAUCCAUGUCAGAGUCCACCGACGAGCUGUGAUCAGCCGACAAAAAGACAGGACACAGUUAUACAUUUCUUAAACCAACACACCAUGAACCAACAUGACGCAAAGAUGAGUUAAGUGUCUUAAAGAUGGCAAAAAAGAAAGGGUUUUGAAGCUUUGGUUUGAUGUCAGCUCUAAUUUUCCCACUUUAAAAACUGAUUCUUUUCCUUUUUUUAUGUUUUGAGUCUUAAGGUUAAAUCAAUACAUCUUACAUGCCAGUCUGUCAGCUUGUGAUAGGUUUUAUUUGCAGUUGGUGAUUACUUAACACUUUGUUUUAUAUGCUUGUAGCACUUAAAACAAAUCUUUUGUACAACUGUAACUUGCAGAAAACCUUUUGUGUCAGGCUUGAAUAGAGGUGUUUUAUUUGUCUGAAAAGUACAUGAUUGUAUCACUGUGGCCUUGUGUAUCAAUCAAACAUUAGAAAUAAGAUAGAAUGUUAUAAAGGCCACAUUCAUAGACUUCAUGUGACCAGUAGAGCGUUGCUGUACAUAGGCAUAUUAUAUUUUUAGUGUUGCUCAUUGUAUGCUGUUUUUAGUUUGUGUACAUAUACACAAAAACAUGAAGUAUAAUCAGACUUCUUUAAACAAUCUUAUGGUGUUAUUUCCUUUUACUGUUUCUACACACUGCUUGUGUUGUAACUAUAAAGUGGUCUAUUUAAUCUUAGCUGUGUGUAUGAAAAAGGAAAUCUUUUGUAUGGUAUAAUUUUUCCUUAAUGAAUGUGUUAACUAAAUAAAGUGUAAAAGAAA